CCUGCUUUCUUUCCUGUCAAGACAUGCCCGUCGCGACUUACCAUUACCAAGCGCUCAAAGAGGCCCUCGCCGCUUCCAUCUCCACCGCCGGCGACGUGCGCCGCCCCCACGCCCUCGCCGUAGUGUCGGGUCUCGCCAGCAACGGCUACGUCGUCUCCCUCCUCGUAUCUCGCUACUUCCGCCUCGGCGCCGCCAAUGCCGCGCGCAGGGCGUUCGACGCUGUUCCCCGGCCCCGGGCAGCAUCGCUCCCCGUCUCGGCGCCGCCGCCUAAGCCCCUCCUCUACAACGCCAUGAUCCGCGGGUACCUCGCUCUCGGCCUCCCCCGCCUGGCGGUCGGUGUCUUCCGAGAGAUGGCGUGCCCGCCCGACCGCCACACGUACCACCUCGCCGUGAUGGCGUGCGCUCGCGCGUCGGAGUUUGAGCUCGGCCGGCGUAUCGGGAGCGAAGCGUGCUCCAGAGGGCUUUCGACCGACCUCCUGGUCGGGACGGCGCUGGUCGUAAUGCAUUCUGAAGCAGGUGACAUGGAGGCCGCUCUCAACGUGUUUGAUGAAAUGCCGCACCGCGAUGAUGUGGUGUGGAAUGCCCUCAUUGCUGGCUAUGCCCGUGCGAAUUGCAUGGGAGAGGCUCUCAGGUUAUUUGUAAGGAUGAGGAUGGUGGAUGGAGUGUCUCCGACUGAGGCGACACUGGUGAGCUUGGUUUCCGGGUUUGCAAGCUAUGGUUCUUGGAAGGUCUGCUAUAUGAUGCAUGCUGCUGUGAUUAGGUCUGGUUUCCAGCUUAACGUCUGUGUUUGCAACUCUCUCCUGGAGCUUUAUCUUUACUCCGGCUGUUUGAGGGAGGCUGUGAUGUUGUUUCGUCAGAUGGAGGAGAAAGAUUCCAUCACUUGGAGUACGAUGAUUGGUGGGCUUGUUCGGAAUGGACGACCCAAUUCUGCUCUUAACCUCUUCCACUGGAUGCUGUCAAAUUCGACUGUGUCGGCCACUAGGUCCAUCUUGCUUAAUGUCAUUGCGGCCUGUGCUGAGCUGGGGCAGUGGGAACAAGGAAGAUGGAUUGAACAAAGCUAUGUGCUGGCUGAUUCUAGUGAAUUCAAUAGAGAUCCAUCUUUGGUAACUGCACUGAUAUAUAUGUAUGCAAGGUGUGGACAGUUAGAUUCUUCAAUUGCUCUUCUACAUGGAGUUGCAGCAAUGAGAGAUGACAUAGUUGCAUGGAAUGCCAUGAUCAAAGGCUGUGGAGUUAUUGGGGAAGUGGGAAAGGCAAUAGGAUUUGCAGUGGAAAUGCAAAGGGUAGGCAUUGAUCCAGAUGCUGUCACAUUCUUGGAGAUCCUACCUAUGAUUUCUUCGAUUCCAUCACUGAAGAAGGGGAUGGAAGCACAUGGUCAGAUCGUUAAAAGAGGUUUCCAGAGUGAAAGGGCAAUUGCUAAUUCACUCAUCACCAUGUAUGGUCGAUGCGGGGAUCUUAGACAUUCAUUUGACACCUUUAGUGGGAUUGUGGACAAGGAUGUAAUCUCUUGGACUUCUAUGAUUCAGGUAUAUGCCUGGAAUGGACAUGCUGCUGAAGUUGUCCAGCUUUUUGAGCUGAUGAAGAAAGCAGAAGUGAAACCGAAUCGCUACACCUUUCUUGCCGUGCUGUCUGCAUGUAGGAACACAGGUCUUGUUGAAGAGGGAAUGGACUUGCUCAAGUUCAUGGAAGAGCAAUAUGGUCUUGAGCCGGAUGUUGAGCAUAUUUCAUGUGUUGUUGAUAUGCUCUGUCGUACUGGACGCUUGGCUGAUGCAUAUGACCUGAUAAAAAGUACUAUUUCUGAACGUGUAGACAAUCAUAUAUUAUGGGGGAUAUUGCUAAGUGCUUCCCGUUUAUCUGGGAAUUUGGUGAUUGGAGAAGCAGCUGCCAGACAUCUCUUGUCCCUAGAUCCAGAAAAUCGGGCCAACUAUAAAAUGCUUGCUGAUAUUUAUGUCUCGCUUGGGAGAAGGGAUAGUGCUGAUAAUAUCCUUAGACUAUCAUUGUCAAGAGGGCUAGACUCGAAACCAGGCUGCAGCUGGACUGAAGGUGGCUAAAUGUUGCAAAUACAUGCUGGAUGAAUCAGGAUGUGGAAACCCUUUUUCCUUUUUCUCGGACCAAGAACAACUUCUCUGGAGAUAUGCCCCACAAUCUAGCAAGGAUAGCCUAUCGUGGAUCAGAGCAAAGGAAGCUUACUGGGUGACAUGUACACAGAAACUCCGAGCGAAUCUUGCAUAAACUUCUGGGAUGGGAUCUUGCAAAGGUUGGUGCACAUACCGACACAGUUGGUGCUUUCCAGAAACCUGUCGCCGAGUAAGAUAACAAAUUAAGACAGAUAAGCACCACUUAUGUCAAGAUUUGUUGGUAUGUCUGCACUCUGCACCUUAGUAAAUAUUUUCCUUAUGUCGGUGUUAAUUGGGAUAGUGUCUCAAGCAUGGGUAGUAUUGGUAUGUUGCAUUGGCCUCUUACUUUUCAUUUCUUAUUUUCAGAAGAUAUUUUUCAUCUAUUCGCAUAGGCAGUUUGUGGAGUGUGAGUAGGAACAUCAGUCUGCCACAAUUGCGACAUGGACAGUACAAGUGGCAUGUCAGCCUUAGUACUUUCUUGCCUUUUCUUUCAAGUGGAUUUACUUAUAAGAUGGACAUACUGCAAUAAAUUCAUUCAAUCAAUGGGUGAAGAAUCAUGCACUGUUUAUAUCAAAAUAAGUUAAUUGUUUUUGCACCUAUGAAUGCUUAGAGCAACCGUUUGGACCAAUAUAUUUGGGACACCUUAUAUUCAACCUAGUUUAACUCAUUCCACAAUUUGUUUUCUUGCAUUUAUUUUCCUUAGCAUUAGCUGUUCAGCGGAACAGUUCCUCGGUUAUGAUUGAGUUACCUGCAUUUGGGGAUGUACACCACAUUCUUCUCUCUCGUUCCAUCGACCUCAGAUUCCCUGACCUUGUUCAAUGACAUAAUAAUGAUCACUCAGAAAACUUAUCCAAAGUGGGGAGUGUAUUCCAUGUGGGACUGCAUUAAAGAAAUAUUAAUAUAUGUACUAUAAAUGUCUUGUAUAUUCCGACCACUUUUGCAAUAUUUAUCAACUUGGCAUGUGGCUUUAUAUCGGUUCAUUUUGGGCAGGGCUCACCAGAAGCACUAGCAUGGAGUCUUUCUUUGAAUGAUGAUGCCCUCAUUGAGGGCAGGCUACUUAUAUUAUGAACUGAUAUUACAUAUUUACUACUCCCUCCGUCCCAAAAUUCUUGUCUUAGAUUUGUCUAGAUACGGAUGUAUCAAGUCACGUUUUAGUAUUAGAUACAUCUGUAUCUAGACAAAUCUAAGACAAUAAUUUUGGGACGGAGGGAGUACAUGGAGCAAGAACAUGUCAUCGAGAGAAAAUCUGUUGAUAUAGUACCUCACAUGGUCCAACCAGCCAAGGGAAGAAUAUGGUGGUGAAGGCAGCAAAGUACUCCCUGGAAAAUUUUGAAGGUGGCAUCAUCACCUUUAUCUGCCCAAACAGAGUUCUGUCAAACCAAAUCCAGGUAAAAAGUAGAGGCAUUUUUUUUGUAAUUUUGUUUUUAUUGAGAAAAACACUGGUGGGAUGACAUAGCCUGCUGAAUACGGUUAUAAAGUUAAUUAUGCA